ACAGGACCAGCAUUGACGCCACGGAUAGUGCCCCGCUGUUAUCAGACCAUCUCGCCCGUCGCGGGCCUUGAUGCUGCGCGCACCUGUGCGUUGAGGCGCGCCGAAGCUUUCCAGUGUCAGUCGCCGUCAUGCGGCUGCGGCGGGGCUCGCUGCGCGGCAGCGGGGCGCGCGCGGGCGGUGACACGGCGCGGUACCUGGUGAACUCGCUGGCGGUGGCGUUCGUGGUGUCGCUGCUCUUCCUCUACCGCCUGCAGCGCCAGGAGCGCCGCGAGCAGGCCGACCUGCAGCGCGCUGAGCAGCAGCAGCAGCACCCCGUGCUCGAGGGUAGCGCGGGGGCGGACGGCGCGGGUGCAGUGAGCGGCGGUGGCGGGGGGCCGGGGGGGUUAAGCGCGAGUAGCAGCGGGGUGGAUAGCGGUGGGGGCGAGGGUGCGAGUGGGCGAGGUGACGGGGCGGGCGAGAGCGACGCAGGAGGGCGCGAGGGGGGCGGGGGGGGUGAGGGCGAUGGCGCUGGUGGCGCUGGUGGCGCUGGUGGCGCUGGUGACGCUGGUGGCGCUGGUGGCGCUGGGGGGGCGGAGUCUGCGAGCGGCGAGGGGAGGGGGAAGGAUGAGGAGGACGAUGAGAGGGGUGAGAAGGGGGACGGGGACGGGGAAGCCGCGGAUGCCUUUGGGGGAGAAGUGGAGGCAGGGGGGGGUGCGAGCACCAAGGUGACGUCAGCUGGUAGUGAUGUUGGUGGCAAUGGCGAUGGUGGUGGUGGCAGGAGUGGGAAGGAAGAGAGCGAGGUAGAGGAAGACAGAGACACAGAGAGUGCGGCAGAGAGGAGUGCGGCUGAGAGCGAGCGCAGUGAGGGCAGUGGGGACGAUGGAGGAAGGAGUGCGGAGAGGGGGGGGCUGGAGGACGGUGAGGAGGGCGACAAGGGCGGCGCGGCGAGCAAAGCCGAUGGGGACAGCGCUAAGAGCACGGCAAGGGCUGAUGACAACAGCGAUGGCGGCGAUGGGGCGGGGCAGGGCACUGACGACGAGGCGGCGAGGGGCGGUGCUGGCGAGGGGGAAGGCAAGGAUGGGGGGGGGGCUAAGAAGGGGACAGAGGAGGAGAGCGAGACAGAAUCCGCGGCGGCGAGGGGAGGGGAGGGGAGCAAGGAGGAGGAGAAUGACAAUGAGAGCGGUGCAGCGAGGGAGGGUGGUGAUGCGGCGGCUGCUGGAGGUGAGGCGGGAACAGCAACAGGCGUGGCGGCACAGCAAGGCACGGCUGAGAGGGCGGACGACGAGGGCGAUGGUGAGAGUGCCAUUGUGAGGGGCGGUGAGAGGGGCGAGAGUGAGGCAGAAGACGCGGGUGAUGCAGUGGAGGAGGGGGGAGUGAAGGCGAGGAAGAAGCCUUUGAGCAAGAAGAGCAAGAAGGGCAAGAAGAAGGGGAAGAAGCGAAAAAAGAAGAGAAGCAAGAAGGCAAAGGCUAAGGUUGCUGAUGAGUAGUGUUGUUUUGCAUAGUGCAUGCUCUCAGAAUAACGCAAUGACUAGAAUGAGACAGGCAGGUUUUGUGCUAUGGUGCUGUACUCUCUAAAAGCAUGCACCUAUCGAGCCAAUAACAAUAUAUAAAUAUGUUGACACUGUUGUGAUAUAAUUGAUACUUAGCAUUUCUGUA